AUGAUUUUGAGUGGAUUGGUUAUUACACUUAACACUUUAACUUAAAAUUACAUAAUUUUUGAAAACUAAUCAUUGAAUCCAAAAUUUGAAUUAGGAAAUUAUGAUAUUAAUAGUUGUGGAGUACCUUAAUUGCAAUAAGUAUAUAAUGACAAUCCAUAAUCAAAUAACUUAUUUAUCCAAGAAUUAGUGAUAAGUGCAGAUUAAUAAUUUAGUUUGCAAUAUUAGAUUGAGAAUGUUAUUGAUAAUGAUUUUACUUUGAAUUAAAGUAUAAAUUAACUUAAAUAACAACAUUAGGUGAAAUUAUGAAUUUAACUCUUUCGAACCGAUAAGUUAUUUACAUUACACAUGAAUGUCCAUAAGAUCUUGAGAAUUACAAUUUCUGGGGUCUAAUCAGAGUAGAUCUAUAAAUAAAUGAUGAAUCGAUUAAAAUAUACUAUGAGAGUAUAUGUAGCAAUCAAUAUGAACCAAAAAAGUACUUUACAUCAACAACAGUUAAGAUUUGAUUUCAGUUAUUUGAUAAUUGUAAUCUCAGGCGUUUUAUUUGUGUUUCUAACAUCCAGAUUUGGUCACAUAGCAUCGUUAUAGAAGGCAAAUAAAAAGUUUUAAGGAAUUUUAAUCAACUACUGGUAUUUCAUAUUAUUCAUCUUUACUUUAUUUGCCUUAGUGGGAUUUAGUUAUAUAAAUAUGGAUAUGGAAGUCUAUUUAUUGGCUUGUAUAUCUUAUUUAUCUAACAUAUUUUUUUUAAUUGACACUUGCUGCUUUUUAAAAAUUCAUUAUUGGAAUCAUCUGCAAGAUAGUUUAUUUUAUAUAUUAGGAUGGUUUUUGGGUAGCAUCCCAAUAAUCACUUUUUUUGUAUUUGGAUUUAGUUGGAUAAUUAAUGAUGUAAUAUUUGUUCUCAAUUUGGGAACUUAUUUUAAGCUCUUUAAAGUAAAAUCAUUUAAAGAUUGCAUAACAAUUUAUGUUCCAUUUCUUUUAUUUUAUUGUCUUUUAAAUUAUGCAGUCUACUUAAAAUGGGAAUAUGGAAAUAAAGUAUCACUCAUCCUUAAUUUAACUUAAUUUUUCUCUCUAUAAGCUCCAAUGUUCAAUUAUAUUCCAACAAGAAAAUGUGCAUUCAUUGAAAUUAAUACUUUGUUUCUACCUGGUUUAAUGAUAGCAUAUACUGUAAGAUAUGCAAAAGCAUCAUAAUCAUAUGUUUAUUUUAUAAUUUAUUUUUUGGGUUUAUUUUUAGGAUUAAUUGGUUGGUUGUCUAUCACUUUUCUUAAUAGUAAAUAUUAAAUAACAAGGUAUAGGAUUAUAUUUAAAUUAUUAGUUUAUUAUUCACAGUAAUACCUAGUUCAAUAUUAGCAGCAAUAUUUUGUUAUUAUAGAAAUGAAUUAUCAGUUUUCUAUAAAGGAUAAUUUUAUGAUCAAAUUCUUGAAGAUCCAUUUGUUGCUUCUAAAAGUAUUAAAGAUUCCCAAUAAACAAACACUGAUUUAAUUAACUAAAGUAAUCAAGAAUUACCUGUUAUUAAUCCAACCUUGUUUUCAGGAUUGUAUGAAUUAUGA